AUGGUUAAGGAACAAUACAGGGACACGGAUGGGUCGCGUAUUAUAUCGAAGAUCAGCUUUACCGUCGACAAUCCUCAAGAUAUCCAGAGGAAGUCACAUUUGUGCAUAAAUACAAGAAAUCUAUAUGCCAUAAACAUUAACAAUGCUUCACGUACACCACAUCCGUAUGGAGUGCUCGAUCACAAAUUGGGAGUUAACCAAAAGGACGCGACAUGUAUGACUUGUAACAAGGGAUUGAACGAUUGUCCAGGACAUUUGGGCUUCAUAGACCUACAAUUACCAGUUUUCCAUGUUGGAUUCUUCAGUUCAGUUAUAACAAUAUUACAGACAAUUUGUAAAAAUCCUUUUUGUGCUAAAGUGUUAUUAAAUGAAGAAGAUCGAAUGUUUUUUUAUACAAAGUUGAGAAACAAGAAUUUAACAUACACAAUGCGCAAAAAAGUUUUUAAAGAAGUCCACGCCAAGGCAAAAAAAGUGCAGAUAUGUCCGUUUUGUAGUGACAUUGUGGGACAAGUGAAAAAAAAUGGUAUAUUAAAAAUAUCAUAUGAUCGUUACAGGUAUAAAAAACCUGGCACAGAAGCUGAAAGUAAAUUAUGUGCUUUGAACGAUGUGGUAAAAUAUAACAAAGAAGUUGAAACCAUGAGAAAUUAUCUAUUUAAUGAGAACCUUAAUCCUCAAGAAGUAUUGCGUCUAUUGUUAUCCAUACCUUAUGAAGACAUUAUAUUGUUGGGUAUGAAUCCUGAGGUAUCAAAUCCUGGAUGGUUGUUAAUGACAAGAAUGUUAGUACCCCCAAAUUGUAUUCGUCCUUCAGCUGUUUCUGAUAUACGAUCCGGAACAAAUGAAGAUGACUUAACACUGAAAUUAUCAGAAGUUUUAUUCAUAAAUGAUGUGAUUGUAAAACACAAACAGUCUGGAGCAAAACCCCAGUUAUUGCACGAAGACUGGGAAUACUUGCAGUUACAUUGUGCCUUAUAUAUUAAUAGUGAUUUAUCUGGUGUUUCACGUACAAUGAUGCCAAAAAAAAUUGCUAAAGGUUGUGUUCAGCGUUUGAAAGGAAAACAUGGACGGUUUCGUGGUAAUUUAUCUGGUAAAAGAGUAGACUUUACAGCACGUUCUGUCAUUUCACCAGAUCCAAAUCUUCGAAUUGACGAAGUUGGUGUUCCAGUUCGAAUGGCCAAAAUUUUAACAUAUCCUCAAAAAGUAUGUCUAGCUAACAUUGAAUUAAUGCGUAAGCUGGUGAUGAACGGUCCUGACAUUCAUCCUGGUGCUAAUUUUGUUGAACUUCAAGGUUCUAAGUUGAAAAAAUACUUGAGAUUUGGAAAUAGACCGGCUAUAGCAAAAGAUUUAAAAAUUGGAGAUAUUGUUGAAAGACAUUUAUCUGAUGGUGAUAUUGUAUUAUUCAACCGACAGCCCAGUCUUCAUAGAUUAAGUAUUAUGUGUCAUCGUGCUAAAGUUUUAGAACAUAAUACAUUAAGAUUUAACGAAUGUGUAUGUACUCCUUAUAAUGCUGAUUUUGAUGGUGAUGAAAUGAACUUACAUUUGCCACAAACUGAAGAAGCUAGAGCUGAAGCUGCUUUGUUAAUGAUUAACAAAUCAAAUCUUGUCACACCAAGAAAUGGAGAUAUUCUCAUUGCUGCUACCCAAGACUUUAUUACCGGAGCAUAUUUAUUAACACAUAAGAAUACAUUUCUUAACCAGAGAGAUUCUAGUAAACUAAUUGGUUGGCUAAUGUCUGGUGAUGAUAUUAAUAUUGAUUUAACACUUCCGCGUCCUGCUAUUCUAAAGCCUCACAAACUUUGGACUGGAAAGCAAAUAUUAAGUAUAAUCAUGAGACCAAGUAAAAAAUGUCAGGUGAAAGCUAAUUUGCGGUGUAAAGGAAAAUCAUAUACUCGUGAUGAAGAAUUUUGCUUUAAAGAUUCAUAUGUUUACAUAAGGAAUUCUGAGUUAUUGGCUGGUACUAUGGAUAAGGCAACAUUAGGUUCAGGUAGUAAAUCAAACAUAUUCUAUGUGUUGUUGGCCGAUUGGGGUUCUGAUGUCUGCUGCAAAGUGAUGUGGCGUUUAACCCGCCUUACGUCAUACUUUUUAAUGUUAAGAGGGUUUUCAAUUGGCAUUGGUGAUGUUACACCUAGUGAUGAUUUGCUGCAAUCUAAAAAUGAAUUGGUUAUAAAUGGAAAUGCGCUAUGUGAGGAAAAUAUCCGUUUGAGAAAUUCAAAAGAAUUGAAAUGUCAACCCGGUUGUAAUAUGGACGAAACUUUGGAGGCAAAUAUUUUGAAGCAACUGUCUGGCAUUCGAGAUUCUGUUGGUAAAGCUUGUUUAUUAGAGCUUCAUUUUACCAAUGGUCCAUUGGUCAUGGCACUCUCAGGUUCUAAAGGAUCCAAUAUUAAUAUAUCUCAGAUGAUUGCAUGUGUGGGUCAACAAGCCUUAAGUGGACAUCGUGUUCCAGAUGGAUUUGAGUCUAGAUCAUUACCACAUUUUAAACAAUUUUCAAAAACUCCAGAAGCCAAAGGAUUUGUCGAGAACAGUUUUUAUUCAGGUCUAACUCCAACAGAAUUUUUCUUUCACACAAUGGGUGGUCGUGAAGGUCUUGUGGAUACAGCUGUAAAAACAGCUGAAACCGGGUACAUGCAACGUCGGCUUGUCAAGUCUUUAGAAGAUCUGUGUGUCCAUUAUGACAACACUGUACGUAAUGCUUUUGGAGAUGUCAUACAAUUUGAAUUUGGGGGUGACAGCUUGGAUCCUACUUACACAGAAGGUGAUGGUGUCCCUGUUGAUUUCAAACGUGUAUAUUUCAAUGUGACGGCUAAUUACCCAUGCACUGAUGAAUGCACAUUAGAUUCAGAAGAAAUAUUGAAAAUUACUGAAGAUGUGUUAUUAUCUGAGAAUUUUCAAAAUGUAAAUACUAUCUUCACAGAAGAAUUGAGAAAUUUUGGAAAAAGUUUAUCAAAUAAUAUGGCGGAAUUAAGAAAAAAAUGGUUGAAUUUAGAGGUUUCAAAAAUUCAACGAAUUACUUCUACACAGCUUAUAAAAUUUUAUGUGACUUGCCUUUCCAAGUAUUUGGCUGCUGUUAUUGAACCAGGAACUCCUGUUGGUGCUAUAGCAGCUCAAAGUAUUGGUGAACCUGGUACACAAAUGACAUUAAAAACCUUUCACUUUGCUGGUGUUGCUUCAAUGAAUAUUACUCAAGGUGUUCCAAGAAUCAAAGAAAUAAUUAACUCAAGUAAAAAUAUAAGUACUCCUAUUAUCACAGCAUACUUAGAAAAUGACAAAGACAAAGAAUUUGCUAGGAUUGUCAAAGCUCGUAUUGAACAAACAACACUUACUGAAGUUUGUAGUUUUAUCGAUAUAGUACUUGAUAGCUCUGAAUGCUAUCUAUUGAUACACUUAGAUAUGAACCGUAUUAAAUUAUUACAAUUAGAAGUAACAAUCGAGACAAUAAGAGAUAGUAUACUUUCAACUCCACGAAUUGGAAUUAAAGCAAAUCAAGUAAACAUUGAUAAUGAAUCAUGUGUUAGUAUAUCUUUGCCAUCAAAAGGCACCCAAUCAUUAAACAAUUUUAUAAAUAUAUAUUCACAAAACUUACAAAAAGUGGUUAUUAAGGGUAUAAGUGGAGUAUCGCGUGCUGUAAUUCACGAAGAAGAUGAUAAUGGUGAAGUACGUUACAAAUUACUUGUUGAAGGUGAUAAUUUACGAGAGGUAAUGGCAACGCCCGGAGUAAUAGGAAAACGAUGUACCAGCAAUAAUACAUUUCAAGUGUGGAAUACACUCGGCAUAGAAGCAUCUAGGGCAACAAUAAUAUCAGAAAUUGAUAGUGUAAUGGGCAAUCACGGAAUAUCUAUCGAUCCUAGACAUCCUAUGCUGAUUGCUGAUUUGAUGACAAGUCGUGGUGAAUUAUUGGGUAUAACACGUUUUGGUUUAUCAAAAAUGAAAGAGUCUGUACUGAAUCUUGCUUCGUUUGAAAAAACUUCUGAUCAUUUAUUUGAUGCCGCAUACUAUGGACAGACAGAUACAAUAAAUGGCGUGUCCGAGAGUAUUAUUAUGGGUAUACCAAUUAACUUGGGUACAGGAUUCUUCAAACUGAUUUAUAAAUAUCCUUUUGAUACAUUCAAAAAUAUAAUUUAUCAAUCAUUCAAUAUUAUCUUUAAUUUAUUACCUAAUAAAACCAAAAACAAAACUAUAGAUUUUCCAAACCAAACAUUUGUAUUUGAUGACCCAGAUCUUCACGAAAAAGGGUGUUAUUGGCAAUGA